AUAUCAUUCAUUGUCAAAGAACGCGGAAGGCCCCAAGAGAAAAAGAAAAUACCAGAAAAGAGGGAAUCCCUGACGCCUCCAACUAAUAAUUUGGCUGGAUUAUCAUAUUAAAUUGCACCCCAGAGAAAGAAACCGUACCAGCCAACAGGCAGUCGCCGUGAUUGCAAUAAUAACACACGGUCAUUUCGCAAAUACCCGCCGCAGCACGAGGUCCAUUCGCUCGUUUACUAUAACCUUAUAUCGGCCUUUCUUUCUUUCAUCCGCUUGUGCCUCUCCCCCAGUCAACGACCACGCCUCUAUAACCACGAUUUCUCACCCACCACCAUCUCGCUUGCUUUCAUUAUUCAUUGACAGCCAGUUUUCCUUUCAGUUUUGCUGGUUCAUCCCUCCCUCGCUCUCCAAAGCCACCUCUGGCUCUGUUAAAUAAAUGUCUUACGAUCGAGUUCUCCCUAAGCCUCAUCUUCUUCACUAUGAGAGCUCUCAUCACGGCACCCUGCCCCGAACCAGUAGCCUUCUCGAGCACAAGAUCAUGAACGACGACGGUGCCAAAGUGUCCGUGAUGGGCCGCCAUCUCGACACAGCCUCUUUGGGGGGUCAUCGUCGGUUCCCCGAUACUCUGCCACCGGUCCAUUUCACAUCCCUGAACCGGACCAAGAUGGCCCUGAAUAAGAUCGCCUCCAAUGCUGCUUCUGCUAUUGAAUCUCCGAAGUCGACAAGCCUCCUGACCACCAAGUCUAUUCCCGUUCGUGAGCGUGCAUCCUUGUCAGAACGUUCUUCAUCGUCCAGUCCAGUCAAGUCAUCCAAUGCUCCGACCCCAAGAGAAUCGGCAACUCAGUUCUGUCUCUGUCAACCGGAUCCUAAGAUUCCUAGACCUCGAAAUGCCUUCAUCUUAUACCGCCAGCAUUACCAAGCCGCAGUAGUCGCGCAGAACCCGGGCCUUGCCAAUCCCGAGAUCUCCAAGAUUAUUGGGGAACAAUGGAGGGGUCUUCCACAGGAGACCAAGGAUGAAUGGAAGGCGCUUGCAGAGGAGGAGAAAGCUCGACAUCAGCAACAAUACCCGGAGUAUCGGUAUCAACCCCGUCGCUACGGUCGGGAUGGGAAUCCACGGAACGGGGCCUCCGGCAUUAGCCAUAACCCUCCAGGCUCCACGGUCUGUAGCCGAUGUGGUGGGCGUGUUAUGAACCCUCCAGUAUCCCCUGACACUCCUUACACUCCCCGGGCCUCUUUCUUCAGCGGGAAAUCAGCACCUGGCGAGAUCUUCACAGCGCGCAGUUCUCAGUGUCGAGCCAAGGAUCUAGAUCGCAUUUCCAACAUCAUCAAGCUCAUGCCCACUGGCAACGGAGAAUCACGUCUGCCUCGCCAGCGGGUUGUGGAAAGCAGAAGUCGAUCCCCGGAUAGUAAACGUCGACGGUUAGGGCCUCUUGGCCCGUAUGACGUCCGCGAAAGGAGCCCAGAUUCUUCGUAUCCAGCGUCUCCCUACACGCCCCGCUCAGCCGUUGCAGAUUCACGAGGUUUGUAUCAAUCAUUACAGCAUCCGCGGACGGUCCGGAAUGUCAAGGAAUACGCCCCGCCUGAUCCCAGCUUGAAACUUCCACCCCUGCAGACAGCUAUCCAUGCUCCAGGGACUCUCACACCAACGACUCCAUACCCACAUGACGGAUCCAGCAUCGAGGCCACAGUGAUGACUAUCCCGUUCCUCAACAAGAUCAAAGUCCUUGCCAAAAUCUCGCCACCCUUGUCUCCCUCAUACCAUGAUGGGUCUUCGCUACGACGUGGGGCUGUGAUUGCUGUGGAUGGACAAGAUCCUGCUCUUGUGAAGACAAUGGUGGACUUUCUGAACAAUAUCUUACAGAAGGAAGGCAGAUACCAUACCCGCAUCUUUGGGGGGCCCGAGAUCCGGUCGCGCGAGAGCUACGCAGAUUCCGAGCAGAUGGGGGAUGCUACGGUCGACUACCUCAAUAUUAUCUCCUCCUGGCACCGCAUCUCCGACGAGAUAGUCGGAUUCGUCAAGCCUUCACGUGCGUCGUCGGAGCCUCAAUCAGCUGACGAGGAGUCUACCCCGGGAGUGUCGCCGAGAACCAUUAUUCCCAAGACCGCCGACUUGCAGAUCAACUCACCCGAGCAAUCGAGCGAUAACAGCUCGGUUUCCACGGUCUCGACUGGGAUAAGCUUCAGCGCCGUGCCCGUCGCGCUUGUUCCUCGGUACCAACUAACAACCGCGGAUGCUUUUGCUUGCUCUGUCCCAAUCGGAGAUUCCUACGCACCACUCGACCACUGGCAGUGGAUGGCAUCGCUCUGGCGAGCGUGCGUCGGGCCAGACAUCACCGUAUACAUUCGAGAAUGCGAAAAGGAAGAAUUGGAGCGUCUUGGAGGGAACCCCGUGGAGGUUCGUCUUCAGGAUGCGCGGACAAUUGUGGUACGGAGAGUAACAUCAUCGACAAGCGAACUUGAGGAGAAGUCUCUCAAAAGGGUUGGCUUUGAGAUUGAGGACUUUCUCACUCAAUAAGCAUGUAUAUUUUUCUGGUGGUUUGAGUAUUUCGUCUCGUCACUCAUUCCUUUGCUUCGGUCUGUGCUUGGCAUUGUUUACAGGACAUAUGGGGGGCUUACUCUUGUUUCAUUCUUCAGUUCAUUGUUCGUGUUAUGCUGCAAGGCUCUGUCCUUUGCUGCUAGGAGUCUUGCUGGUUGGGUGUCGUGGCCAAAACUGGAAGCGUUUCUUGUAGAUCUAUAAGCUCCGAUAAUAUACUUCUGGGAUAUGUUACCUUAAUGUUG